UUUUUCUACUGUGCACUUUUGUUUUACUUGUCCAUUUGUGCUAUAAUUCAUGUGUCAAGAAAAUAGUGGAGCCUCAUACAAAUUUUAUUGGUUUAGUCUCAUUCAAAAUAAAGAUUUUCCACUAACAUAACAUUUUUAUUAAGAAAAAGAGAAAGUAGUAAAAGGCUGGGUAGUUGAGACAAAAGGACCCGAACCGGUCCGUCUUCGAUCAGACCCGCAAUACACCAAAUCGGGUAAAUACAAACCCUAGCACCCAACAAGAACCCUAAUAUCGCCAUUGAAAGCAGCAAUUGGAGAGAGAGAGAAAGGAUGACACAAAAGGCAAAUCAAUUCAAAGGACAACAGAAGAAGAAAUCAGUACCAAGUCGACAUGGAAAAGCCCCUCAAAUUCGCAAAGGGAAGAGAGCUGUGAAACCCUCAAAGAAUACUAAGCAGAUGGACGUUGAUCGGGAGUUGACGAAGUUUAUUAAUCAAUGCAAUGAAGUGAAAGCAGCCACUUUUGCUACUAAGGAUGGUGGUCAAUUAUGUAUACUUAAAACACAGGAGGCUGAGUCCUCCGGUGGCGGUGCAAAGAAGUAGAUGGGCGACGAGCUAAGUUGUGCGGACUCUUCACUUUCGAUGCCGCAUCCGUGUCGGAUUCUCCAAAAAUACACUAGCUUUGGCGAAUCCAAUACGCACCCAUUGACAUUUUUGAAGAGUCCUAGCAACAUAGGCGCCGAGUGCCUUAGAGGGAUCAAUUGUACAAAGAAAGUUUUGAUGUCAGUCUGUUUGCCAAACCUUUCCAUUCCAGUUCUGAUUCUCUCUGUUUCCUUUUUCACUUUUAAUUUUUGUUUAUAAAUUUUGAAUCAAGUUCCAUUGUUUGUUAUUGUUUUCUGAUCAGAGUUCUCUGAUUACUGUGUACUUGUUUAAGGAGCUUUAUAUGAAAUGAGUAUAUUCUGCAACAA